CGACUGGAAACACGCGCUGUAUGUUGUGGUGAGCAGCUACUAGAUAACCACCAUUAGCUUUCGUUGUUUACUAAAUUAGCACUCUUACUCCGCCGAACAUAAAUUAUAUUUGUUUGCUUAUAAAUGGACGGUGUGCCCUGCCUUCGUGUAUCCCGCUGCCAUGCGCAGCAGUUCAGGAGAUGUCUACAGUCCAAAGGAGCUCUAGACCUGAGCUUGUGUUUAGUGAAGGACUCAGAAGGGACAGUCCUGCUUCCCAUUUUACCAUCCUGUCUAUCAGAACUGGAUCUUCAGUCUCUCAGAACCACGGUGGCUUCAGACAGUGCUUGUGAUAUAGUUUGGAGUCAGUCACCUCUCCAGGCAAAAAAGGAGAAAGGAAAGACAAGGGGUAAUAAACUGGAGAAAAUCCUGCAGGAGCUGUUGGAGUCUUAUGGUGAAAGAUGGACGGAGGAGCUGAAGGGGGACCUCCCUCACAGCUUCCAGUGGCAUGGAGAUCUUGUCCUACUGGGAGACAACUGUUUUGCCCUGCCAGUAUGGAAGAAAAUGGAUAAUCGGCUUUGGACUGCAGUAGCCAGAGGACUGGAGGCAAAACGUCUGGCAAAGAUGAGUCGCAUAUCCAGGGAUGGAUUUAGGUCUCCUGAGGUGACAAUGCUGUUAGGAGAGCACAACUGGGUCAAACAUGUGGACAAUGGCAUUAGUUAUGAGUUUGAUGUCACCAAAUGCAUGUUCUCAGCUGGAAACAUAACAGAGAAGCUUCGAGUGGCUGCAUUUGACUGCAGUGGAGAGACUGUGGUGGAUUUAUACGCAGGUAUUGGAUACUUCACUCUCCCCUAUCUGGUUCAUGCGAAGGCCAGUCAUGUUCACGCCUGUGAGUGGAACCCUGAUGCUGUCGAAGCUUUACAGAAAAGCCUCGAGGCAAACGGAGUGUCAGACCGCUGCACGAUUCACCAAGGAGACAAUCGUCAGCUGCAGCUCUGUGAUGUUGCUGACCGGGUAAACCUGGGUCUCAUACCGAGCUCUGAGGACGGCUGGCCUGUCGCUUGCCGGCUGCUGAAGAGAACAACUGGUGGCAUUUUACACAUCCACCAGAACGUUACAUCACCGUUACACAACGCUACAGCUGAUGAUGCCACCCACAGGGUUUCUGGGAAGAAAGCUGACAGAGAGGUGUGGCAAGCCUGGGCUGAUGACACAUCAAACCACAUCGCUUCUCUUUUAAGAAACAUCACCGGUGCUCUGUGGACAACAAACAUCCUGCACAUAGAGCAUGUUAAGUCAUACGCACCUCAUGUUCACCAUGUUGUGCUGGACUUGGAGUGCAGACCGUCCUGAUUUAAGAACAUAAACACAGAUCGUGAGCAGACACUGUGGCGCUGAGCAGUUAAAGAUGCUCUAUUCCAGAGAAUAGGUUUGGGUCCAACCAAACACUGCAACAGCUGGUAUGAUUAUUUGACAGGUUGUGAAAUAAGCCUCUGUGCUGUUUUCCUAAACUUUGUUUAUACAAGGCAAGUUGAUUGAUGGCAAAACUACUCAUGAAGUCCUAAUCACAUCUGGCAGCUGGCAAGACAUACAACAACCACAGCCCAAUCUUAGCAUUACGUGCCUUGCUCAAUGGCACCUCAUUGUUUCGUUAUACUCACUGAGUUGCCCUCAAGUGUUUGAUGAUUAGACCCCUUGUAACUGGUCAAGAUAUUUGCAUUAUUGCAAAGGUUUACUUCUCCAAGAAAUCUGAAUAAGACAUCAUAGACAGACUGCUCUACAUUGUCAGUUUAUCUUUGGAACUUUCAAACUUAUUUUAGAAAUGAUUUAUUUUUUUACUUCUGAGCCAUAGACAGAGAAGCAAAGCCUGAAUAAAUGACUGGAGAAGCAGAAUGCAGAUGCUUCCAUAAAGAGGAGUAACUGAAUGGUUUCAUUAGUGUGAACAUGAUCUGAAUCACAUGACAUGACCUUCACACUCAUCAGGUCUGAACUCAGUUGAGUAGUUAUGAGAGAUUUGUACCCAAAUAAGGGAAUAUCUUCUGGAUGAAUGGUGCUCAUCCUACCAGUAGAAAUCGAUGCCAAGGACUAAUGAAGCGAUUCUGGCAGCUUUUCGAGGUCCAGCAUGUUAUUUUUCCUUUUACAUCCAUGUAGUAUCUGCUGUGGAGGCAACAGAGGUGAAAACUCUAAAGAGCCGUAUUCUACAGACACAGAGUUGGACCUUCAAACUCAGUGAAUGAUGAUUUUUUUUCUCCAUUCCAACCUAACUGCAGCAUUUGGCAACAUGCACGUUUAAGUAGUAGGUACCACAGACAGCAGAGGGAUUAGCAGUGUCAGCCUGGUAAUUAUCAUCAGCCAGUCAGUCAUCAAAAUUAUUACAUUUAAACCACCACAGACACUCUUACUUAAAUAUGGAGGACAAAACAUGAGUAAAGUAUAGAUAAAGAAAUCCAGGAGUAAAUAAAAGGACUGAAUAAAAUGAAUGUCUUGAAUUUAUUUCUACAUUUCUAGACAUCAUCUCUCAUUUAGGUUAUUUGUGUAUUUCAACAUUUAGUUUUUAUUCUUACUGUAUUUUAAUGCGCCGCAUGAGUGGCAGCUCCUAUUUCUUCCCAUGUCACAUUAUUUCCUUAAUUCUGUUUUUAUCUACAGAUCUUUGCAAACAAUCAAAGUUUACUCCUGUACAACCCAAAGAAAAAAAUUAAAACUGUGUUCCCUCUUUACAACUUUUCCAGAUCAAUCAACAAGAUAUAACACUGUUCUCUUGCAGCUUCAUGUGUGUAAUAAGAUCAUGUUAACCACUGGUCUUUUCCACCAAUAAUGUUAUCUGACUGUAAUUUCAGAACUGGGGGCACAUUAUCCUCCGUGCCAUACCUGUAUAUUUGUAAAUUCAUCAUGCCAUAAUGUACAUAUCUAUAUGUAGAGUCAUCAUGCCUGAUAUAUUGUCGCUGUGAGACCGUUUUUAAUUUUUUUU